CCUAAUUUCUCUUCUUUAUCUCAUCUCCUUAUUACCCUUUUUUCUUUUGGUUCUGUCUCUCUCAUCUCUGUUUCUUCCAUGACCAGAGAUGAUGUAAUAAGGUAACUACUUCAAAGCAGCAUCGUGAAUUCAUCUUGUAAUUAACAAUUUUUUCAGGUGAUCAGAUUUGGCUUCAAAUGGCUACAAAUGCUUGCGAUGUGAAUCAGCUCGGAUCCGAUUCGCUUUUACCGCCAAGGAAGCGUUUACUCGCUGGAUUCAAGAAACAGAACUCUCAAAUGGGCAACGAAUCACCGAGCCCUCCGUUUGCUUCUUCGUCGUCUAUUACUACUUCAAAUGGCUCCUCUGUUUCAACAGAUGUGCAGACUCAUCUCGACCAUCUAUUGACUUCCCAACUCAAUGAUCAGUCUAGGUCACCCGAAGAGCUAGCUCAGGCGUCCAAGGCAGCCGCGGCUUUAGCGGUUAAGGUUGCAAAGGCGGCGAGAGCUACUGCUAAUGAGAAAGCCAUGAUUGCUUCAAAGGCAGUGGCUGCAGCCAAGAGUGCUUUGGAAUUGUUAACUGUUUCCUGUAAAGAGAAGUCUCCAAGGAAGAACAAGCAGAAGAAACAUGUCCCAGUUCAGGCUUUGUAUCCCAAAGGAGGACUUGCGGAUGAGGAUUUGGCGCGUAGGUUGAAUCGGGCUAUUAACAGUUCUCCUAGAGUCUUGACUGAUUGUUCUGGUCACAGAAACAAGAAGCAAAAGAGUGUUGUUACCUAUGAGAAGAGUACCGUAACUAGUACUAUGUACGAUGGGAAUGACGUUGCUGGUGUUGUGGAUUCAGACAGCUCGAUUGACGAGGAAGUAGAGAGAACGACUAGAGUAAACGGGAAGCUGCUCUUAUGCGAUAACACGAUGAAGGAGAAAACAUGGGAAGAAAGUAGCUCAUUGGGGAAAAGAAGAGGAAGAGUGAAGCUAAAGAAGCUGCCUUUGAGCAUGUGUACAUCUAAAGAUCAAGAAAACGGUAUCACAUCAGCCGGAAAAAACAUAAGCGGCAUAAGUAAGCCGCUGGCUGAGGCGGAAGGUUCCAAUGGUGGUGGUGUGCCUGCUGAGGUCAUAGCAGGACCAUCAUGGAAGUGUCAGGACCUUAAGUCACAGGAAAGUGUGAAGGAGAAGAAAGUUGUACGUUCAUAGUGUUCUUAUAUAUUUGCCUUUUACCCAAAAGAGGUAAGAAGGUGUAGAUUCAACAGCAUUGCCAUUUUCAGUAGAAUCCUGAAUGUUGUUUAUUUUUAUUAUGUUUUGCUUUUUUGGGUAAUGUGUUUGAAUGUUUUAUGUUUACUUGUAUAUUUUGGGAAUAAAUAUCUAGAAGAGAUACAUAGAUUUUUAUAUAUGUAUGUUGGUUUGUUGAAUCACUUGUAAAAGUGUUGUUGAACAAGAAGGUUUAGUUA